CCAGUAUGAUGUAAUUCUGGGACCAGGGGGCCAAAAUGCACAUGUCUUUGUUCAUAACUCUUCUAAUCCAUGUCUUAAUGAAGAGCUGGGGAUUUGAGAUGGAUGAGGCGAGAGGAGCAGGCUGAGGGUUUGAUCUGCUCUCCCUGGAGAAGCGUGUAGAGCUCGCCGGCCAGUGUUUGGUGUUGUAUUUCAUAUUCUCUCAAAACAGAAGAGAGAUCCUGGAGACACGAGCAUGUGCUCCUCAAGCCUCAUGUUUAAUUAACCAAAGCCCACCACAGAUUCUUCCUAAGAGACUGUUCUGUAGGGAACCGCAGGCAGAAACGAGUGCUAUCCAUCUUUCAGACUUUUUUUUCCUCCAUAUGUUGACUCUACGCUUACUUCUCUUUCUGCUCGGCAGGAUUAAAUUUUCCGAUCCACUUAAGCAGGAUUCUCAUGCGUUACGGAUCCGAUUAACUCACACGUGCAUGCGCUCUUUAACAAGCCCUGUCUUUUUGUCUCUCUCUCUUUCUCUUUUGGACAAUUAUUCCACUGGUUUAACUGCAACCCGUCUCUCUCUUUCUUCUUUUCUCUUUCCUCUCUUUGCCCUAGUUCUGCCGCCUCUUUUCUAUCAUUCCCUCUUUCCUGUUUUCGCAGUUCUUUCUGAGAUGAAUCCUCCUCAGCUCUCUGUGGUGUUGGUGCUCAUGUUGGCCCAGCUGUGCACGUCUUCGGGAGGUUGUCCAUCUGGGUGCCGCUGCUAUAGUUUGACUGUUGAAUGUGGAUCCACUGGGCUCAAAGAGUUCCCACAAGGCAUUGCACACGGGACACAGACCAUCUUUCUGCAGGACAAUGCCAUUGGACAGAUCCGUCAGCGGGAUCUCUCUGACCUCGGCCAGCUGCACUACCUCUACCUGCAGAACAACAGUAUCUCCACGCUGGAGGCCGGGGCCUUCAGAAACCUGGGUCUGCUUCUGGAGCUGGCGCUCAACGGAAACCGCAUCCACCUGAUCACAGCUGACGUGUUCGGUGGUCUGGACCACCUGCGCAUCCUCUACCUCGCAGGAAACCAGAUCACCAGACUCCAGGACUACACCUUCAGGGGUCUGCAGCGGUUGCAGGAGCUGCAUCUGCAGGAGAAUGCGGUGGAGGUGCUGGGAGAUCAAGCUCUGGUGGGUCUGUCAUCUCUCGCUCUUCUGGACCUGAGCAGGAACAACCUGAGGACCCUGAGCCCCGCUUCACUCAAACCCCUCGUCAGCCUGCAGGUGCUGAGGGUCACAGAUAACCCGUGGCGUUGUGACUGCGCUCUGCACUGGCUGCGCGGCUGGAUAAAUGAAGAGGGUCAGAGGCUAUUAAGCUCAGCCGAGCGUCGGAUGCUGUGCGCCGAACCUCCGCGUCUCUCCCAUCUCAGUCUGGUCGAGGUUCCUGCGAACAGCCUCAUUUGCAUCCCGCCCAUAGUGCAACUGGAGCCUAGCCACCUGACGGUGCGUUUGGGGGAGAGUCUCCGUGUGUCCUGCCAGGCAUCCGGAUACCCGCAGCCACAAGUCACCUGGAGGAAAGCGUCCCACGGAAAAGCCCAGCUGUCUCCCAGAGGUCUGGUGCAGGAGGUCGGAAUGGACGGAGAUGCCAAGACCAUAGGGAGGUUGGUGACGGCCAGGCCUGGUGGAAAAGGAGGGUCUGCGAGUCGCGGGCCGGUCAGAGGAGGAACCGACGAUGGAGGUGACCGGGAAAGCUUCGAUCCCGACACGGGAAGUGGGAUGCUGUUUCUCAGCAACGUCACGGUGGCGCAUGCCGGACGCUACGAAUGUGAGGCCUGGAAUCCCGGCGGAGUAGCUCGGGUGACUUUUCACCUGUCGGUGAACAUGUCUUCAUCAUUGUCCCGCUCGGAAAUCUGGCCUCGACUGCAUUCCUCGUCUUACUAUCAUCCUUCUUCGGUGGACGUGAGUCAGGAACCGAUUUAUGAGCUUGAAAGCAUGGACUUCAACGCACUGGGAACCGCGACCCAGACGGCCAUCGCGGUGGGAAUCUCUCUUUUGGCGUUGACAGCGUUGUUGCUUCUCUGCAUGAUUUACAGUCGUCACCGCCAACGGCAGAAAGAGGAGGAUGGAUAUGGUGCCAGCAAAGAGGAAAGCAUCCUCUACGUCAACGACUACUCCGACGGUCCCACCACGUUUGCUCAACUUGAAGAGUACCGGGAUGAACGUGGUCACGAGAUGUUCGUGUUAAACCGUGCCAGACCGGUGCUGCCUCCCCCGCCGUCCUGCAGCCAACAGGGGUCGACACUAAAGGCUAGUGAGUGUAUGCUGACCCCGGGCCUGGCCGCAGGGAUCGGACCCCGCAGGGCUCCUGCAGAAGGAGGCGAAGGACCUCCGCUUGAUCCUGAAGGGUUGUUCAUGAACCAGAGCUUGCUGUUUGAUACGCAGAUCGCUUAUGAGAUCCACUGCUGAACUGGAUCCUUGGACAGACUUCAAGAUUCUUGCCAUCGGAUGUUAUCCUGCUGAAUUUCCUUUCAUUCUGAGAGCACAAAUGUAUUAUUUUUUUGUGUGUUUGAAAAGCAUUGAAGGAAUAAUAGAUCUAAAAGCUGGGGUGUGUAGUUUCAGUGCUACCGAAAGGAUUUUUGCAAAAAGUCUGAAGGUCAAGGAAGUGGUUGAGUCAGUGUUGCUACACUCUUCAACAUAAAAGUCAAACUAAAGAAGAACCAUUUUUGGUUGCCCUAAAGAACCUGUCAGUGAACAGUUUUAUAAAAUAUAUUUUUUGUUCUUAGUGUGAAGAUCAUUUUAAUUAUCUAAAGAACCUUUUAAGCAAUGCAAAAAUUAAAGGUUCUUUAUUGGCAUCUAUUGUUCCAUUAAGAAGCUUUAACAAUCAUGAAACAUUUUCAUUCCACAAAAAACGUUCUUUGUAGCAAAAAAUAAAUAAAUAAAUAAAUAGUGUCAAUUUUCUUCACAUAAAGAGAAAAUUGUUCUUUUAAGAACUAAUCUCAGAAAGGUUGAUUUUGGGAACCCAGAACUGGUUCUUCAUUUGCAUUGUAACUAAAAAACACCAUUGGGAACCUUUAUUUUUAAGCAUGUAUAUUGUGCGGCUCAAACAAGCAGAGAAACCUUCAGUGUUUACUCUCUUUGGUGAAAUUAACCAAUAAAUGGCUAGUUAUGAUCAUCUCUUGGAUUGCACACAGCAGCUUUGAGGGAAUAGUUCAUCCAAAAAUUAUUACCAUUUGCAUUGUUUUCAUGAUUGUUUUGUUCUAUAGAAUCACAAAUGGAGAUUUUUUUGAAAGCACUAUGAUACAUUUUAAUGUUAUUUUCAAAAACAUAUUCCAUUUUGCAGAUUUAACUUGUUCUCAUUUGUGUUCCACAUAGGGAAAAGUAAAAGCAUAUGGGUUUGGAAAAUUAUAGAAUUUAUAUAUUUUCUUUUUUUUUAUUGACUUUUUCAACAGUGAUGGGGUGCAAGGGAACAGAGAGAAAAGAUAGUUGUAAAGUUAAACUGCAAAAAUAGAUCAGGAAGAAAAUGCAAGUGAGGAUACGGAGAGUAAAAAGUGUUUCCAAGAGUAGUGCAGUGAAAUAACUCAUUGGAUGUAGGUUAGCACUGAAAAGAUUGAGGUCAGUGAAGACAUUUAUAUUAUUACAACAGAUUUCCAUUUCAGAUAAAUGCUG